GACGGGUGACUGACGGGCAGCGGAAGAGGAAGACGCAGGCCGGGCAGUGAGCUGGCAGCAGCUGCCUCCGCGGAGCCGGCGCCUCGGUCGGUCCGUGUCGCCCCUGUCUCGGUUCCCCGUCCCCCGCGAGGUGCAUGCGGGUGCUGCCCCCAGGGCCCGCACCCCGGGCAUCCUGCCGCUCUGCGCCCCAGCCUCCUCGGGCAUCCCCCGCCCCCAGCCGCUCACCAUCCAGCUGGACGCCCAGCCCUCCUCUGCAGUCGCGGGACGUAGGCGAUUUCUCGGUUUCCAGGGUUGGGAUUGGGCUGGGGUCGCCCAGGGGCCUGGCAGAGCAUUGGCCGGCCGGGGCAGGGACCUCUCCGGGUCCUCGCAGACCCCUGCCUUCUCAAUGAUUACUGCUGUCUCUGGUCGCUUCUGGCUUAUUUGGCCUUGUUUGGUGAAGCCAGGCAGCCAACCCCUAUAGGCUACAGCAAGAGUGCUUGUAAUUUGUCACCAAGGUGGGAAGCUUAGCCUUGCAGCUGCAAGAUGGUUCCAUCAGCCAUUGCCUUCCCCUGAGAGGCCAGCAGUGCUGAGUCACCGUGGCUGCCCACCUCGUUUGGGUGGACUGACUUGUGCGCACUAUGUGUGGGUGGGUGGUGAUCUUUGUGACAAGGGCAAAGGGGUUAAUGUAGCCUGUGGGUUUCCUGCACAGAAGCCCUUAGCCUGCCCUAGGGUGGCCUGCAAGGGUAGACCAGCAGGCCCUUAUGCAGCCCGAAUGGGCAUAGUGGGCCAGGACAUCUUCAGGAAAGGGCAACAGAGUGGGCUUCUGUUGGGCUGUUGUUUUGAUGGUCAUGUGCUUCCCCCCCUUCAUUAGUUGCUGCUGACUCUUGACUUAGUCUACAGAUGUGUGUGGUCCUCUUGGGGUUAGGUUUGGCGUUAUUGAGUUUUGUUUCUUCUUUCUACUGGAAGAGGGACUGUAAUCCCAGCCAUGAAUGAUGUCAUUCACAUAUAUGUUAGUAUUUGGUUGAAGGGUGUAUCUAGCACCCUGGUGAUUGAGGACCAAGCAUAGGGAGUUGGGAAGACUGCAGUCUUCCCCAAGAUGUUAGGCCUGGAAGCCAGCUCACUUUGCUCCUUACUGUGUUGUUGACUUGCUUGACCCCAGGUUCCCUGGUUAAAACUGUUGGCCUGGGUUCUAUCAGCUCACUGAUCCUUGAGACCCUGUCUCUGGGACACCCUAUGUCAGGGCCUGCCACCAUGCGACUCAGCUCCUUGUUGGCUCUGCUGCGGCCAGCACUGCCCCUCAUCCUGGGGCUAUCCCUGGGAUGCAGCCUGAGCCUCCUGCGGGUGUCCUGGAUCCAGGGUGAGGGAGAAGAUCCCUGUGUAGAGGCUCUAGGGAAGCUAGGAGGGCCGCAGAAUCCAGACUCAAAAGCUGGGCUGGACCAAAGCGAUGAAGACUUCAAACCCCGGAUUGUCCCCUACUACAGGGAUCCCAACAAGCCCUACAAGAAGGUGCUCAGGACUCGGUAUAUCCAGACGGAGCUGGGUUCUCGUGAGCGCUUGCUCGUGGCCGUCCUGACUUCUCGAGCCACACUGUCCACCCUGGCCGUGGCCGUUAACCGUACAGUGGCCCACCACUUCCCUCGGCUACUGUACUUCACUGGGCAGCGAGGGGCCCGGGCUCCUGCAGGCAUGCAGGUGGUGUCUCAUGGAGAUGAGCGGCCUGCUUGGCUCAUGUCAGAGACCCUGCGCCACCUUCACACACACUUUGGGGCUGACUACGACUGGUUCUUCAUCAUGCAGGAUGACACGUACGUGCAGGCCCCCCGGUUGGCAGCCCUUGCUGGCCACCUUAGCAUCAACCAAGACCUGUACUUGGGUCGGGCAGAGGAGUUCAUUGGUGCAGGCGAGCAGGCCCGGUACUGUCAUGGGGGCUUUGGUUACUUGCUGUCACGAAGUCUCCUGCUUCGCCUGCGGCCACAUCUAGAUGGCUGCCGAGGAGACAUCCUCAGUGCCCGUCCUGAUGAAUGGCUUGGCCGCUGCCUUAUCGACACUCUGGGCAUCGGCUGUGUGUCGCAGCACCAGGGGCAGCAGUAUCGCUCCUUCGAACUGGCCAAGAACAGGGACCCUGAGAAGGAGGGGAGUUCGGCUUUCUUGAGUGCCUUCGCUGUUCACCCCGUCUCCGAGGGUACCCUCAUGUACCGGCUCCACAAACGCUUCAGUGCUUUGGAACUAGAGCGGGCUUACAGUGAAAUAGAACAACUGCAGGCUCAGAUCCGGAACCUGACGGUGCUGACCCCUGAGGGGGAGGCAGGGCUGAGCUGGCCGGUUGGGCUCCCAGCCCCUUUCACUCCACACUCUCGCUUUGAGGUGCUGGGCUGGGACUACUUCACAGAGCAGCACAUCUUCUCCUGUCCAGAUGGGGCCCCCAAGUGCCCGCUGCAGGGGGCCGGCAGGGCAGACGUGGGCGAUGCAGUGGACACUGCUCUGGAGCAGCUCAAUCGUCGUUACCAGCCCCGCCUGCGCUUCCAGAAGCAGAGGCUGCUCAAUGGCUACCGGCGCUUUGACCCAGCGCGGGGCAUGGAGUACACCCUGGACUUGCUGUUGGAAGCUGUGACACAGCGUGGGCACCGGCGGGCUCUGGCGCGCAGGGUCAGUCUUCUGCGGCCACUGAGCAGGGUGGAGAUCCUGCCUAUGCCCUAUGUCACCGAGGCCACCAGGGUGCAGCUCGUGCUGCCGCUCCUGGGGCCUGAAGCUACGGCAGCCCUAGCUUUCCUUGAGGCCUUUGCUGCCAGUGUUCUGGAGCCUCGAGAACAUGCGCUGCUCACCCUGUUGUUGGUUUACGGGCCCCGGGAAGGUGGCCGAGGGGGCCCUGACCCAUUUCUGGGAGUGAAGGCUGCAGCUGCUGAAUUGGAACGAAGGUAUCCUGGAGCCAGGCUGGCUUGGCUUGCUGUGCGAGCAGAGGCCCCUUCCCAGGUGCGACUCAUGGACGUGAUCUCCAAGAAGCACCCUGUGGACACGCUCUUCUUCCUCACCACCGUGUGGACAAGGCCUGGAUCGGAAGUCCUCAACCGCUGCCGCAUGAACGCCAUCUCUGGCUGGCAGGUCUUCUUUCCAGUCCACUUCCAGGAGUUUAACCCCGUUCUGUCACCACAGAGAUCUCCCCCAGGGGCUGGCCCUGAUCCCCCUUCCCCUCCUGGUGCGGAUCCUUCUCGGGGGGCUCCAGUUGGGGGGAGAUUUGACCGGCAGGCAUCAGCAGAGGGUUGCUUCUACAAUGCUGACUACCUGGCAGCCCGAGCCCGGCUGGCUAGUGAACUGGCGGGCCAGGAAGAGGAGGAAGCCCUGGAGGGGCUGGAGGUGAUGGAUGUUUUCCUCCGGUUCUCAGGGCUCCACCUCUUUCGAGCCGUAGAGCCAGGGCUGGUGCAGAAGUUCUCUCUGCGGGACUGCAGCCCCAGGCUCAGUGAGGAACUGUACCACCGCUGCCGCCUCAGCAAUCUGGAGGGGCUGGGGGGCCGUGCCCAGCUGGCCAUGGCUCUGUUUGAGCAGGAGCAAGCCAAUAGCACUUAGCUCUCCCACCCCUAUGUCUGCGUAGCCCCAAGAAGGGCAAGGCAAGGUGAUGGACAGAUGGAGGGGUUGUUACUGUAUUUUUUUUAAAAGAGAAAGUGUUAUUAAAGUAUCUUCUGCCAAA